GAAUUGAAGAUAGAAUUUAUUUUAUUUAUGCCAUGCUAACGUCAGCUUUUGGAGCAUAUUAACUCCAAUUUUAAGUAAGGAGUUAGUAGCCAGGAUAUAGAAAGCCGUCUCCUUCUAAAGAAGAAAAAGAAGAAGUGAAAUAUCGAACGUUUAAUAAAUCAGAAUUAUGUAUAAAAUAUAUAUAAGUAUACAUGUCAAAAGAUCACACAUCGAAAUACGCACGUACGGCAUACGAAAUCAUGAAUAACUCGCAUAGAAAUCUAGCUCUGUAAGCAGUUCCGCCGGAUUGAAUCGUAAGUUUAAUCGGAGUUUGAUCUGGUUUGAUCGAAGUCAUUCUAGGGCCCCGCGUUAUAACCUUCGCAAGGUGCAGGAGGAAGGGAGGGGGAAGGGGAGGUAUCAAACGAGUCAAAAGCAUCCCGAAAUAGGAAUAAUUAAUCUCAUAAUUAGAAGAGAGAGAGAGAGGGAGGGAGAGAGAGAACGUUUUAAGAAAAACAAAAAAUGACAUUACCGAUCUAACUGUAGGCGAAACGCGGCGUUUGCGCGUCCAGGAGCGCGUCGACCCUGCUCAGCUCCGCUCUGCUCGCGCGAGCGAGUUUACGAGCGCACGGGGGAUGCGCAAAGUGCGUCUCGCGUGCGCGACGAGUAGAGUGUAGACACGGCUAGCCAAACACGCUCAGGUGCGCCAAGGGAGUCAAGAAAGAGAGCGCGAGAGAAAGAGAGAGAGAGAGAAGGCGAGUGUGAAUCGCGCGUGCCGCGACGGGUCAACAAGCGAGCGAGAGAGAGAGACAGGGAGAGAGAGAGAGAGACGUAGAAAAACUCGGCCCGUUUCAUCACGUUUUCGCAAAGCCGGAGAGCCGUCAGCGGUGGCGUGAACGACGGCGGGACGACGGUCGAGAGGACGAUCGGUUCGAUAGCUCGACACAGAGCUGAACCCAAGCUCGGGACGUCAGGGACAGUUCAGUCGGGACGCCCCGCGCGCCGUUGCGCACCGUCGUUUGGAAGACGUUAACGAGAGAGUUUUACGCGGAGGAGUCCCGGGCCUGGCAGAGCGCAGAGAGAGACACAGAAAUCGCGCCGUCGUGAACUGAAUAAUAAGGGUCCGUAUAGGUUCCGGCGUGAGGAGUGAGACGGAGGGACGAGCGAGAGGGACGAAAAAGAGCGUGGAAGAAGUUAACCAGAAGUGGCGAGGCGAGGAGAAAGAGAGAGUGGGAGACAGAGAGAGGUAAAGGAGACACAGAGAGAGAGAGAGAGAGACACGCAGCGGGAUUUGCUGAUUCCCGGACGCAGUGCGACCGUGGGGAUCGUCGACGGCGCCUCCGACCUCCGAAGGAUCUCCCCCUCCCCCUUCCCCUCCUCCCCCCCCCGCGACGAGGAAUGGCUCAUCGAGGACGCUCGAGCAACCCAACCUAAAAAGCGAGCGCCCGAGAGAAGCGCCUUCGAGGUUAUGUGCCGCUGAGUGAAGGAGGGGGGCCCCCCGCACGACGACGUUCUCGCGCGGCCCAAUUUUGAAUAAAUGUUUACGACAGACGUUCGUGUGAAUGGAUGAUGCUCGGAGGCGAUGAACGGCAUGGAGAGGCAUGGUCAUGGACACGGGCACUCGCACGCGCACUCGCAUCGUCAUCGCCAUUCCCAUGGCAGCUCUCAGAGCACGUCGCAGAACUCGACGAGCCAGAACCCGUCGUCGAAGCACGGCCACGGACACGUGACGCAUUCGCAGAAGGAGAGCACGACCGCGCCGCCGCCGCCGCCGCCGCCGACCCCGACCCCGAAGACCCAGAGGAACUUCAAGCUGCUCGUGGAUCCGUUUCUAGUUAAGGGAGCUACAAGACUGUGUAGAUACGAUGGGACCGUGCCGGGGGAUCCGACGUACCCGCAGGUCCAGCCCCGGGAUCCCAGAUCUCAAUUGACGAGGAUCUGGACGCGGCUCGAGCAGCUCGACCUGCCUGUACCUAGGUUUAAGAUCGACUCCAAUUACUGCGGCGAACCGCCGCCGCUGGAAGUGACGUUUUGCCAUUUGAACGACAAUAUCGACAAGAUAUUUUUGACAAACAUGGUGCAGAAAUUCGGCUCCGUGGAGGAGCUCACUAUUUAUUACCAUCCGUUAACCAACAAGCAUCUCGGCAUAGCGAGGGUGGUGUUCGAGUCGACCAAGGCGUCCAAGGCGUGCGUCGAGAAGUUGAACAAUACGUCUGUGAUGGGGAAGGUGUUGAGGGUGUUCCUGGAUCCCUUCGGGGAGGAGUGCAAGAAGAUGUUCGAGGAGCUGACCGUGGAGAAGAAACCCGUGGAGAAGAAGGUGCAGGAGAAGGAGAUACCGAAGCGUGAGAUACCAGAGGUGUCAGUCGAGCCGGAGAAGCACCAGACGCCGGUGGAGAAGCCCCUGCCCGCUGAGGAGAGGGACGACUUUAGAAAUAGUAAAAAGGCUAUUCUGAGUUCUAUAGAGAAGAGCAGCAGAGAGCCGUACGUGGAGAAUUCGAGAUACAACAAGUACAGGGACUAUCCCACGCCGAGCGGCAGUACGGGCAGUGAUUUGGGCUACGGAACGGCGCCCAGUGAACUGAACUAUUCUAGCAAUUAUUCGCAAAAUUCCACCCCGGCCACGAAUUACGACUUCUACUACAGCAGUUAUCACCAUCAACCUCCGAGUAGCUACUUACCCAGUAUCCCGCAGAACGUACCGUCGCAGAGCAUGCCGAUUCAACAGAACUCGAACGUAUGGUGGAGCAACAACUCCGGAUCAUCGGCUGGAUACUCGAGCUCGACCUCCGUCUGGCCGAUUCAACCGCACGCGACGAAUCUGGACGGUGCCGGUUCUAACGUGACGCCGAUUAACAACAAAACCUCCAGCGCGAAAACGCACAGCACGCCGAAGAAGGAAAAGGAGAACCAGACGACGACGACGACGACUACGACUACCACCACGGCGAAGAGCACGCCGCGUGAUUCUCCGGACGAAACGCGCAAGACCCUGGAUUUAGAUACGAGAAUCGCCAUGUUGCUGAAGGACAAAGCGGGCGGAAUGGCACCGCCUUUCCUACAGUUCGGCAGCGACUCGGAGGACGACAAGAAAUCGCAACAUGGUGAUAACGAGAUGCUGUCGGAGCCACCGAGUCCCUUCCUCUCGCGUGAAAUAUACCAGCAGUGCUUCGAGAAAAUAGCAGAGAGGAACAAAGAACGGAGGAAAGCACACGAGAAUAGCAUUAGUCAGUUUUCCGUGGACGAGGACUUGGGUAGUGUCAUAAGUUCCAGCGAGGACGAAGCGUUGUUGGGGAGUUACAGCCCGGCACCCGACGACAACGAGCCGGAGCCACCUAAGGAACCACCUCCGCCGCCGCCGCCCGACGACGACAGAAUGUCCCUGAGUCCUCUGAGUUCGGGGGACGAAAAGAUCGAGGAAGUAAUAGCGCAGACUGAACCUUCGAAUCAACUGUACCCGGCAGCUGGUUACCCAGGACACUUGACACACUAUCCCUCUAAUGACGUUUACAAUUGGCCACGACCGACGCAGUAUCCGUAUCCCUAUGGAGCAACCUACCUGCAGAGCCACUAUCAACCCAACACGGCGUCCUUUUCGGCAACAAUUGGAAAUCAUCAAGGGGCAAAUUAUUAUUCCUCCUUUCAAUCUCGGCUACAUGCCAUGGCGAACUAUAACAUCACAAAAGAUCCGCAGGGACCUACCAUCAAUGGAGUGUUGAGCAGAGUUGUGAAUGAACUGAAGCAAAUUCUAAAGAAAGACUUUAAUAAAAAGAUGGUGGAGAACACGGCGUUCAAAUUGUUCGAAGUUUGGUGGGACGAGAAGAAGUCGGAGAAGAAUCAAACUCAGGGUAGCGGCGAUAAUAUCAUUGUCAAUAAUACAGUGAAAGAGGACGUGAAGUCGCAAGGGUUGUCAUCGUUAUUGGAGCAAGCAACACCGCUGGGAUUCAAUUACGAUGGUUUUGGUUUGGGUAUUAGAGCUAGUAUGCCAAAGAUGCCUUCAUUUAGGCGCAAGAUCAAAGCUCCAAGCCCAUUACCGCAAGAUGAGGACAGCCGGCAAUCGGGUCACGCCGAUAUGGAAACGAUUGAAAGCGACAGUGAUCUGGAUAUACCGCCCGUACAAAAACCGAAGAAACCACUGACUUCUCUUCCAACCAUCUCCUCCUCGUCUACCACGUCUUCGUCGGUCGAAAGUAGUAGCGAGGAAAUUAGCUCCAGUGAAUCUUCCGAUAGUUCAAAUGAAAGUUCCGAUGAAGAAGCUUGCUUCGAGGAUGAGCAAGAUACAGAUAGCCGAAUGUCCGACCAUAGACCUUUGGCUUGUAAUAGCGACGAUCCUGAUAUACUGAUGGAACUCGCGAUCCAAAGGUCCCUAGACUGUCCCACGCCGACCGGCAGGGAAACGCCGGUGCCGGAUAUCAAAAUUAAAGAUCAAAAUUCGAACGAAUUCCCGCAGAUUGACGAUGACAAUCUGAGCGAUUCGUUACCUUCUUCCGUAAGAUACGAAAGCGUCAAAGAAGAGGAGAGAAUUGCCGAGAAGUUGCCCGUGGUCGAGGAGAAACCGUUCGACGUGUGCAGAACCUUGGACAAGGAAGUGAAGGACGUGCCGAGAAUCACCGAGGACAAGGGAACGCAGAGCGACGUGAAACUCGCGCCGACGGUGAUAACGUCGGCAAUAAAGGAGGAGGCGUUACCGGAUAUGCAAAAGAUGGAAAAUUCGGCCGCGGAAGCUCUGAUGACUCUAGCUGGGCAUGAUAAUAUUAUACGGCAUAGAAGUCCGGGUCCUGUACAGCCGAACAUUAUUCGAGCGUUGCAGACAAUGUCGACAAAAUACAUCACUGAUGAACCCAUCUUGAAGGACAACGAGAAGAUCGAAAUGUUCAGCGAGAUUCCUACAACCGACUCGGAGGAGGAGAGCUUAGAAAUCAGAAGACUAAGGUAUCAAGCGGAGACCGAGCUUCGAUUGAACGGGCAGCGGACACCAAGCUCGCCUGGUUCUCAGGCUUCGCAGGUGUACAUGGAACAUUCGUAUUCGUUGCCGCCUGCACAACCGGAGCCUGCGGAGCCGGUGAUACGCGUACCGCCAGCCGCGAUGAAAGUGAAACAUCCGAAGAUCGUCAAGUUGACAAAAUCGAAGGAUAAUACUCAUAAAAUUGAGAAGCAGAAAUCCAAGAAAUAUACGAAAGUGCACAGCGGUCAUCAGAAUCACGUGGGAGAGAAGGAGAAUAUCCGAAAUGACUAUAUAUACGACAAGCUUCCUAAGCAGGUCCCAGAGCCGACCGUCACGUACAAAGAACGAGAUCUCAUGUCAGAAAUGGCUAUUUUGUACGAGUUUUUAACUAGGGGAAUAGACGCGGAGGACGUAGAGUAUUUGAGAAGAAGUUACGAAGCUCUAUUGGCGGACGAUACUCAAGGUUACUGGUUGAACGACACGCAUUGGGUCGACCACCCGCCGACGGAUGUACCGAGCCCUGCGAAAAAGAGGAAACGGGACGAACUCCGAUUGCACGCGAGUGGGAGCGCUAGAACGGAAGGAUAUUACAAAGUUGACAUCAGGGAGAAGGCUAAGCAUAAACAUCAUUAUGCUCAAAGCAUACAGCGCAGCAACGACGUGGAGGACAGCGGCGGCUCUUACAUCGGUGGUGAUGGCGUGAUGAAUGGUCCAAAGAAUAAUUCUAAAGCGUUGACCGGCAAGAUGCAGGCGUUGUCGCGCGAGGCACGAAGCAAUCAACGUCGGCUGUUAACAGCUUUCGGAAUUGACACGGACAGUGAUCUCCUUAAGUUUAAUCAAUUAAAGUUCCGUAAAAAACAAUUGAAAUUCGCUAAAUCUGGUAUUCACGAUUGGGGCUUGUUUGCCAUGGAACCAAUCGCGGCCGAUGAAAUGGUCAUCGAGUACGUUGGACAGAUGGUUAGACCGGUUGUGGCCGAUCUACGAGAAGCUCAAUACGAGGCCACGGGAAUCGGUAGUUCUUACCUCUUCCGCAUCGAUUUAGAUACUAUUAUCGAUGCGACAAAGUGCGGCAAUUUGGCGAGGUUCAUAAAUCACAGUUGCAACCCGAAUUGUUACGCAAAAGUAAUCACGAUCGAAAGCCAAAAGAAGAUCGUAAUCUACAGUAAACAACCGAUAGGAGUUAAUGAAGAAAUUACUUAUGAUUAUAAAUUUCCAUUGGAGGAAGACAAAAUUCCUUGCCUUUGCGGAGCUCCUCAAUGCCGUGGUACCCUCAACUGAAUCAUUCAUUCUUUUUCCUGUCUUCUACACUUCAUCAUGCCCUACUCAUAUUUUUGUAAAUAUUUCCCCAUGUAAACAUUUUAUAAAAAUGCAAUGGAAAAAUGCUAAAUUAUGUUAAGAUGCGUUCUUCCUCCUUUACUAUGAGACCCCCUCUGUGAUUUCGACAUUUUGGCAAAGCGAGAUAGAUGUAUCAAUUAUAUUACACUACACCGUGUGUGUUAGAAUUGUUUUGCAGCGUCUCACUUUUGUAUUUAUCGUCGAUCGCUAGAUAUGUUAACUUGAUAGAUGACAUUAACAGAGAUACAGCUGAGAUUGUAUUUAGUGCAAUCAUACUUGCAAAUUAUAAGCAAUGUAAAUAUUCUUUGUGUAUUAUAUACAGAGUGAUUUUCAAUUGUACGUCGAUAAUUUAGAGUGAAUUCGAAAUGUAAAAUGAGAGAGGAAUGUAUGAACAUAGGUUUAAGUUUUAUUUUCCAAAUUAUAAUAAAAAUUUAAGAAAAUA